AUGAGCAAUACGUUCACAAUUCUUGUCAUAUUUUUUGCUUUGGCUUCAUGUAUGUUAUCAUCUUAUCUUGAUAUUCCUCCACCACCUGAACGACCACUACGCUUUAAAACCAAAGAACAAAUUGAACAAUAUCUUAAAGCUGUAAAAGAUUAUUAUGAUGCAUUUAAAAUUAAACUUGUUCGUCGACAAAAUACUUUUAAUGAUUUUUAUUCCAAUUUGGACAAAUCAAUAAACGAUGAAGAAUUGAACGAUCAACUUUAUUUAUUGGAAAAAUUAUCUAAUACAUACAAACAAAAUCAACCACCAAGAAAUUCGUUUACAGGACGACAGAAAAAAAGUGUUUUUCAAUAUUAA